AUGAAACGCGAAUAUCUCCCAAUCGAAACCCUGCCAGCUUGGCAGCACCUUAAUGGAGUCGUCUUGUCAGGUGUCUCAUUUCAAAAACUCGGUUUCGAUGAACAUGGUGCCGAUAAGGGCAGUGGAAUUGUUGCAACCGAACCCAAAUCCAGCAGCGAAAGCGAUCCGAAGCCCGAAAUUCUGCUCCAAAUACCGGGUGAUUUAGUUCUCUCUCUGGAGACCGUGCAGAACUAUGCGAAGUCCGAUCGGGACUUGCGUGAUGUUCUGGAACCGAUGGGUGAUUUCGGAAGAACAGCGAGAGGCGCAAUCUUGAUAUUCCUAUUGAUUCAGUUGUCGCAUAACUGCCCCGACUACCGAUCGAAGCAAAUUGUUGGGGUUUCUAAUCCUUGGACCGAAUACGUCAAAUUCCUGCCGCCGUCGUUUCCCUUGCCUACCUUCUACACUGCCCAAGAACAGGACCUGCUUCGUGGAACAUCGAUGGCAGAUGCACUUGAGGCCAAAAAUGUCUCCCUUGAAAGAGAGUUCGACAACAUUCGAGAGGCUACAAAGUCAAUUCCUUGGUGUCAGCAACUAUGGUGGAUUGAGGAGACAGGUGCGCUGACGAUUGACGACUGGAAGUAUAUCGAUGCAGCUUAUCGCUCGCGCAUGCUUGAUCUACCUGGCAGCGGUCUUGCAAUGGUCCCCUGCGUUGACAUGGCCAAUCACACCUCCGGGGAUGGUGUCAAAGCGCUUUAUGAAGAGGACUCCCAGGGGAGUGCAAUCCUUCAAUUGCGAUGGGGCAAAACUCUACAACCUGGGGAUGAGAUUACGAUUUCUUAUGGUGAUGAGAAACCCGCUUCAGAAAUGUUGUUCUCAUAUGGAUUCCUGGAGGACGGCCGGACCGAAGCACGUGAGAUAUCAUUAAAUCUCGAAAUCCCAGAAGAUGACCCCCUGGGUCUUCCAAAGAGAAUAUUCUGCCAAAAUGACACUGGCAUCCGGAUCCUCGCAGCCCGGAGCCCCGAGGAUGCGCAGGAAGUGACCUGGAAGAGCGCCCUUGCUUGGAUAGCAUGUGUGAACGAGGAAGAUGGACUGCACUUUGGGCUUGCACAAACUACCGAUGGGGGCAAGGAGCUGGAAGUCAGGUGGAAAGAUGAAAAGAUGCAAUCCCCAGGUCAUCUUCACGAGGUCCUGAGUGCCGAUCCCCUGUGGGAGAUUAUCCAGCUUCGAGCCGCGGUGUUGCUUCUUGAACGGCUUGAGACCCAGCUCUCUCUUCUUCAGGAGCUGCAGGAACCCAUGGCGAAAAUCAGGGAGGACCCUGUAGCCCUAGAGUCCAUGUUUCGACCUACUAUAUUUGAGACAAUUUUCCGCUUCCGAAACAUGGAGGGGGAGCUCUUGGAGAAGGCCAUUGAGGAUCUGAUCAAACAGGUAAGAGAGAUCCUAACAGCCUUGUCUCCAACUUCAGUACAUCUGGACCUCACUAACCACGGCACCAGAGGACUGAGUUGCUGGCAUCCGAAACCGUAG